GCUAAAAGCAGUGCUGCCUAUCACUAGGUAUAGGCCUAUAAUGGCAAAAAAAAAAAAAAAAGGCCACAAUGCUAAGCAAUUUUUAAUUAUCAACUAAUUUUCAGUUUGUUGGCUUCAGUAUUGUCUGAAGGCUUGUUGCUUUUGGCUCUUUAUAGUUCUUUUUUAGCUCUAAAUGAAAUGAAGUUGGAGGGAGCUGCACUGGUGAAGGUAAGCAACUCCAUGGGUUACUCCCAGAAAUGAAGACUGUUUGACAAAACCACAAGAAAGGACCCAGUCACUGAAUUUUUGCAGUCUAAUCCAGGUGCUGUGGCCAGAGGCUCCAGGACAAGAACUGUCAAGUAAACCAGUUGAGGUGGAAGCCAGGAGCUUACCUAUGGAGCUGAGUGAGAAGGGAGGUGUGCAGAACAAUGGAUUUGUUCAAAAUGAGGAUUUUGAGGACAAGGAAACGGCCACCAGUAGCCAAGAAGAAAUGCCAAAAACGUGCAGUGUUGAUGUGGACUCAGUGGCUGUGGAGGAGACAGUGUUGAAGCCUUAUGCUGGGAUGCCAAAGGAGGUCCUGCUGCAGUUCUCCAGCCAAGCCUGCUACAGAGUCACCAGGGAGAUCCUCUUCUGGCUCGUAAUUGCUGGUUCUGUUGUGCUUGUGUGUGCUACCAUUGCCAUCAUUGCUCUCUCUCCAAAGUGCCUUGACUGGUGGCAGGCCAGUCCUAUUUACCAGAUCUACCCUCGCUCCUUCAGGGACAGCAACAUGGAUGGGAAUGGGGAUCUGAAAGGUAUCCAAGAAAAACUGGACCAUAUUACAUAUUUGAAUAUCAAAACCAUCUGGAUCACCUCUUUCUUUAAGUCCCCUUUAAAAGACCUUGGAUAUGGAGCUGAAGACUUUUAUGACAUUGAUCCCAUUUUUGGAUCAAUGACAGAUUUUGAGAAUCUGAUUGCAGCCAUACAUGACAAAGGGCUAAAGGUGAUAAUGGAUUUAAUACCAAACCACACAAGUGACAAACACCGGUGGUUUCAGCUGAGCCGCAAUCGGACUGGGAAGUACACAGACUACUACAUCUGGCAGGACUGCAGGCAGGCUGCUGGCUCACUCAUCCCUCCCAACAACUGGGUGAGUGUCUUUGGGAAUUCCAGCUGGCAGUUUGACGAGGUGAGAAAACAAUGCUAUUUCCAUCAGUUUGGGAAGGAACAGCCAGACUUAAAUUUUCGCAACCCUGCUGUCCAGCAAGAAAUCCAUGAUAUUAUAAAAUUUUGGCUCGGCAAAGGAGUUGAUGGAUUUAGUUUUGGCGCUGUUAAAUUUCUCUUAGAAGCAACACAUCUCCGAGAUGAGCCUCCAGUGAACAAGUCUCAGAAUGGAGAGCAUAUCACAGCCUAUUCCCAGCUGUACCAUGACUACACCACCACACAAGUUGGUUUGCAUGACAUCAUCCGCAGCUUCCGUCACACCAUGAAUGAGUUCAGCAGAGAGCCUGGCAGAUACAGAUUUAUGGGUUCUGAUGAUGAUGAAAAGGAAGAUAUUGAAGCAACAAUGAUGUAUUAUGGAACAACUUUUAUCCAAGAAGCAGAUUUUCCCUUCAAUUUCAACCUAAUUAACAUGAAAUAUUUAUCAGGCAACAGUAUUUUUGAAGCUGUCAACUCGUGGAUGAAAAACAUGCCUGCAGGAAAAUGGCCAAACUGGGCAGUUGGAAGCCCUAAUGCUGCUCGGAUUUCAACUCGGAUUGGGAAGGAGUACAUCAAUGUCAUGAACAUGCUGCUUUUAACCCUUCCUGGCACUCCUGUAACUUACUAUGGUGAAGAAAUAGGCAUGGAGAACAUUGCAUCAGAAAAUGCAACCCUCCCAGAGAAAUCCCCCAUGCAGUGGGAUGGAAAAGUUAAUGCUGGUUUUACUGAAGGCAACAGCAGCUGGUUACCUGUUAACUCCGACUACCAAAGUGUAAAUGUGGAAGCCCAGAGCACCUGGUCCAACUCAACCCUGAGUGUGUACAGAGCGCUGACCUCGCUGCGGAACAGUGAGCUCCCCAUGAAUCGAGGCUGGAUGUGCCUCAUCUGGAAUGACAGCAACGUCUUUGUGUACGUGAGGGAGCUGGAUGGGUUAGACAGAGUCUUCAUGAUGGUGCUCAACUUCGGCCAGGAGUCGACAACAGACCUGCAGGCCAUAGUUCCUAACCUUCCCUCUGAAGCUGUAAUAAGGCUCAGUACUCAUUUUAGCAAUGCUGGUAAAGUGGUCAAUACCAAACUAAUUAAAACUGAAAUGGGAGAAGGCCUGGUCCUUGAAUAUAAAACAGCAAAGCCUGUUCAUACUAUGGAAGCUUUUCAAGGGAAGUGUUUUGUGGCAGAAAAAGCUUGUUAUUCCAAGGCCCUCAAUUUACUCUACAUGAACUGUUAAGUAGAGGAGUAGAAUACCCAUGCUUUCAUGUUAAUUUAGAAGAUAGUAGCUUCACGGAAAUGCUAAAAAUACUCAAUUUUCUUCAGCUUUUAAAAUGUUAUUUGUGUACAAAAUAAAUGUCCUGAAAGAUCAGAUACAUAAUUGUCUUGUAUCUGUAUUUGUGAUGAAAAGGAAAAAGAAUGGUAUCAACUUCCCCUUAAGAUCUGUGGAGAAGAAAAGUAAACCUGUUCUGAAAACUGUCCUGUUUAAGCACGUAUUUUUGGGAGGAGAGGGAACAGUUGCUUUCUGGGUGCUGACCCUGGAGGUUGCUGGCCUGUAAGUGCUCCUGUGGAAUCCCAAGCCUGUGGCAGUUCACUGUAACUUUUUAAAGUCUGCAGAUUUGUAGAAAUUUUUCCAAAGGGGUGGCCCUAUAUUUGCUAAAACAGGUGAACACAAGCAGGACUAGUGUAUAUUGUUGUGAUGUCUCACCUCUUCUCUCAAAUCUAGUAACUCUGAUUAUCUUCAAAGUGAGUAAGAUAAAGAACAAAAUGUAGCUAAUAUCUAAUUCCACACUCAUAACUGCAUUUCCAGUUGAUUCUUCCCCUCCCUGCUGAGUUAGAAUAUGUUUGCAUUCUCUUAUUUCUUUUCCUGCCCUAAG